AUGACCUCGGGCGCUUUCGGUUUUGUCCAGCCCAUCGCAAAUGUCCACCCGUCGCCCGUCCUCUCUCGAGCAAUUGUGUCGCCCACGAGUUCUCUUCGGAGUCAGCAAACAUGGUACUACGUUCCCCGUCACGUUGGUGGCGUGAACCUUAGCACCCUGACCCAGGCCGGUACUCUCGCUGGCAGCUUCGGCGUUGCUGCCGGUGUCUUUGCGGUCUUCUUCUUCGGCGAGGUGCCCCGAGUGCGCAAGGAUAUCCUGCAGAAGAUCCCCGGCCUGGACGUCUACUUUGACCGCACUGUGGCCCCCGAGGACAACCCCUUCUAA